UAAAUAAUUCGCACACAGCCACCAUUUUAUAAUUAUUCGAUGCUUUUACAUUUAAAGAAUUUUUUUGCUCAAUUUUUACUUUUUUUUAAUCGAAAAAGAAUAUAAGGUUAUGUAAAAAAAGCCUGCGCCAGUUAAAAAUUAUCUUUUUUCUUUUCAUCUUUUUUUCUUUUUUGAAACGAAAGUCAAUACAUAUAAGAUAAAAAUAAUGAUAUUAUUCGUGUUAUUCACGCUAUAUUUCGUUUCGAAAUCAACGGGAGUUGAAUUAAGAAUAAGGGAUGAAUCAGCUCAUACAACAUCAACACGGCCAAUAAGUCUGAUCAUAAUAAUUAUGAUUGGAAUUGUUAUAGCAAUUAUAGGAAUAUCUCUAGGAAUAUUUUUUAAUUAUUACUGUUCGCGAAAACGAGGUCAUAUUCAUCCUUCUGCAAGUAAUAAAACUAGAGAACUUGGUGCAAUACCUAAGGGAGAAAGCACAUCGACUUCUAAGCAGCUAAAAAUACCACAAUAUGGUAAUUCAUCAAAACAUGAACCAAUCGUCAUAAAACAACAUGGCCCCGCCAUCGAUAUUACAGAAUCUGAUGAUCUUCCAGAUUCAUUGUUUUAUCCUACUACACAGACAAUUUAUGAAUCUAAACAAGCUUCAAAUUCUAUGAUUAAUUUGGCUCCUUCUCAACAACCUAAUCUAUCUUCUGCUGAAAGUCAAGAAAUGAUAAGAUCUCAUUCCGGAUGAAUUUUCCUUUAUAUAGAGAGGCGGUUAAGGACGGGACAUUCCAUAUUAUACAUUUUGUAGAUAAUCUCGAUAAUAAUAAAAAAAAUUAGAAUAAUGAAUUAAACUUCUUUGGAUAAAAAAAAAGGUUAAUAUAAUUUGUAUAUAUAUAUAUAUAUUAAUGAAAUGCAACACAUAUAAUGUAUUAUUAUUAUUACAACUUUUUUUUUUAAAUUCUGACCUGGGGUUGUUUUUCACUUGCGAAAUUUCUUUUUU